AAUGCUUGGCGAAUCUGAGAGUUCUAUGAGAGAUGGAGUUGAAGCACCACCGCGAGGCGAAGAAGAUGGUAUCGGAGAUGGAAUGCAAGCUCAAACCAAUGUUGUAUCAGAGUCUUGUGGUAGAGAAGAGGAAGCUCCAACGAAUGUAGUUUCAGAGUCUGUUGUGGGAGAUGAAGCUGAAGCUCGUGCUCCAGGUCGACGAAGAAAACGAAGGAAAGUCAGAGUUGAAGAGGAGGAUGAAGAGCCCGAAAUUGAUCCUGAGCCUGACAUUGAAGACGACUGCGCGGUGUAUGGUGAUGAAGACUGUGAUGAUGUUGAUGAUGUUGUAGGUGGUGGAGAUAAAGACGAUAAUGGUGGUUUAGGUGUCGAAGAAGAUGUUAACCUUGACAUCGAAAAAGAUUUCCCAGAGGCUUAUAGAGAGUAUGAAGCUGCUAGUGAUUGUGACAGCGGAGACGAUAUAUGGGACGACGACAAGAUUCCAGAUCCUCUGUCAUCCGACGAUGAUGAUGAAGACAGAGCCGUAGAAGAGGAAGCUCGUACUGAUGUUGACGAUCCAGAGACCAUCCUAGCACUGAAGAAGACUUUCAACUCUCCUGAGGACUUCAAGCUUGCUCUUUUGAUGUACUCUUUAAAGACAAGGUAUGACAUUAAACUCUAUAGAUCUGAGGCUAUGGUUGUUGCUGCUAAGUGUGUCUAUAUUCGUGAUGAUGGUGUUAAAUGUCAGUGGAGAGUUUAUUGUUCUUAUGAGAAGACGAAACAUAAGAUGCAGAUAAGAACCUAUGUCAAUGAGCAUAUAUGUGUGAGGUCUGGAUAUUCAAAAAUGUUGAAGCGAUCAACCAUUGCAUUCUUGUUUGAAGAAAGGCUGAGAGUGAAUCCAAAGCUCACCAAACAUGAGAUGGUUGCUGAGAUCAAGAGAGAAUACAAGUUGGAAGUGACUCCGGAUCAGUGUGCUAAGGCAAAGACUAAAGUGUUGAGAGAAAAACGUGCUAGUCAUGAUAUUCAUUUUGCAAGAAUAUGGGAUUAUCAAUCAGAGGUUUUAACUCGGAAUCCAGGGACAGAAUUCAACAUAGAGACAGUUGCAGGGCCAGUGAUUGGAAGCAAGCAGAGGUUCUAUAGGUUAUAUAUUUGUUUUCAAGCUCAAAGGGAUUCAUGGAAACAAACUUGUAGACCUGUGAUAGGAAUAGAUGGAGCUUUUCUGAAAUGGGACAUAAAAGGACAUCUCUUAGCCGCAGUUGGAAGAGAUGGGGACAAUCGGAUUGUGCCUAUUGCUUGGGCAGUUGUAGAGAUUGAAAACGAUGACAACUGGGACUGGUUUCUGAGACAGAUUUCUGCAAGUUUGGGACUUUGUCAAAUGUCUGAUCUAGCCAUCCUUUCAGAUAAACAAUCGUCAAGGCUAUCCAUACCAUUCUCCCACAAGCUGAGCAUCGACAAUGUUCAAAACACAUCAUGGAUAAUUGGAAAAGAGACAGCCAUGACAUUGAGCUGCAGCUACACCAUAGAAGAGUUCAAUAAUCACAUGGAGGAUCUAAAGAAGUAUAAUCGUCAAGCUCAUACAUCUCUGCAACUAACUAGUCCGAUGACUUGGUCUAGAGCAUUCUUUAGAACAGGUACAUGUUGCAAUGACAACCUCAAUAAUCUCAGUGAGUCUUUCAAUAGGACUAUUAGACAAGCCAGGAGGAAGCCAUUGUUGGAUCUUCUAGAGGACAUUAGGAGGCAGUGCAUGGUCAGAACAGCUAAAAGGUAUAUCAUUGCAGACAAGUUGCAGACUAGGUUCACACCAAGAGCUCAUGCUGAGAUUGAAAGGAUGAUUGUUGGGGCACAAAGCUGUGAGAGAUAUAUGUCGAGAAACAACCUGCAUGAGAUAUAUCAUAAUGGGGUUGGCUACUUUGUUGAUAUGGAUUUGAAGACUUGUGGCUGCAGAAAGUGGCAAAUGGUUGGGAUCCCAUGUAUUCAUGCAACAUGUGUGAUAAUAGGAAGAAAGGAGAAAGUUGAAGACUAUGUCAAUGAUUAUUACACAAAGUUAAGGUGGCGAGAAACAUACAGAGAUGGUAUUAGACCUGUCCAAGGGAUGCCAUUGUGGCCUAGAUUGCAGAAGUUGCCUGUCUUGCCACCACCAUGGAGAAGAGGUAACUCGGGAAGGCCAAGUAACUAUGCAAGAAGGAAAGGAAGAAAUGAAUCUGCAGCUUCUUCAAAUAAGAACAAGAUGUCAAGAGAAAAGAGAAUCAUGACAUGCUCUAACUGCCAGCAAGAAGGACACACCAAGGCCACAUGUAAAAAUGCUACUGUUCUGCGUGUACAAAAAAGACCAAGAGGGAGACCAAGGAAAUAUGAGGAAGCACAAGCUAUUGAAACUUAUCCAGGAUCACAAGGAGAAGUAGCAGGAUCACAAGGGCAAGUUGCAGGAUCACAAGGGCAAGUUGCAGGAUCACAAGGACAUGUACAGAGAUCACAAGCACAACCCCAAGCACAAGCAGAACCACAAGGACUUGGUAGAUUGGCUUCAUGGUUUGACUGUUCCACUUAAGCUUAGUCUCAGUUUUUUUGUAUC